AUGGCUACUCCUCGCAUCACCACUCUUCGCACCGUGUUCAUCAUCGCGUUGGUCCUCGCCUCACUCCCCGCACUCUACGCCGCGGCUGCGCCAAAGCAGCGGGGCGACGUCACUGCUGGGGGAAACGCAGCCGUCGACGCGGCGGCGAGGAGGGGCCGCGAGCUGCUGGAAGCGAGCAGCGGUGCGAACGUGGAGCACGUGGGUGGCGAGGAGGAGGAGGUGGGGGAGGCGACGGACGGGCUGGACGAGGCGGUGCGGGUGCUGCUUGCCUCAGAUGUGUGGGAGCGGAUGAAGAAGCAGAACCCGAACUUAGGCGUCUUGAAGAUGGUUGAGAAGAGGAACCCGAACUUAGGCAACUUGAAGAAGUAUGUGCCAGAUAAGCCGGUCUGGAAGCUUGAGAAGCCGCUCAAGGCUUCGGGCGACGGGCUGGACGAGGCGGUGAGGGUGCUGCUGAGCUGGCAGAAGAUCAAGCAUAUGAACACGCAUGAUUGCCUCAAAUUUGCUGCUUCUGCUUCUGCUGCUGCUGCUGCUGCUGCUGCUGCUGCUGCUGCUGCUGCUGCUGCUGCUGCUGCUGCUGCUGCUGCUGCUGCUGCUGCUGCUGCUGCUGCUGCUGCUGCUGCUGCUGCUGCUGCUGCUGCUAGUACCAUGUCUGCUAUAGCUGCUACUGCUGGAAAAUCUGUUGUCAGGAUGCCUUGUGUGUCAACUCACAAGGCCCGUGUGAUGAUGCUUGCUCAAAAGCAGGUAGGUGCAGCAGCUAGGGGUAACCAGCAGGUGCUAAUGAGUCGCAUGGAGGCAGUGGAAGCACUGGCAGGGAAGCCCCUGCCGGUGAUGGUCGGGUUCCUGCAGGGUAAUCCAGUGAGCCACUGGAGUGGGGGAGUGAAUUUGUGGAAGCCGCCUGCUGUGAAGCCGGGGGACAUUCUCGAUUUACCACUCACUCCCCCUGCCCUCCUUUUUUCUCUUCCCCCACUUCCAGUCGUCCAGUGGUUCGCCGAGACGCACGACGUGCAGCGCUUCAAAAAUAUAUUUGCCUUCAAGACCUGCGCCUUCUUCAAUGCCGUGCCGCUCACAUCCGCCUCGCAGUUCGGCAUGCGUCUCUUUCAAGUUAAGCCCGCCCAUGCCGGCAAGACUGCUAUUCCCUGCUACUCUCGAGAAUCCAUCGCGGCAGUAACCAUGGCUACUCUUCGCACCGUGUUCAUCCUCGCAUUGGUCCUCGCAACACUUCCCGCACUCUACGCCGCGGCUGCGCCAAAGCAGCGGGGUGACGUUGCUGGGGGAAGCGCGCCCGUGGACGCGGCGAGUUGGGGCCGCAAGCUGCUGGAAGCGAGCGGCGGUGACCUGGACGUGGGUGGCGAGGAGGAGGAGGUGGGAGAGGCGAUGGACGGGCUGGACGAGGCGGUGCGGGUGCUGCUGAGCUGGAAGAAGGUGAAGCAGGCGGCGAAUGAGGCGGCGAAGAGCGAGGCGGGCCAGAAGGCGGGAGGGUUCGUGAAGAAUGUGGUGAAGAAUGGCGGCAAGGAGGCGCUCACGGCUGCAGUCAACGCGUACAGCAGCGGCAAGGGCGCCAAGGGUGCCCUGCAGGCGGGCGCUGGCUCGUUCGUCAAGACCGCGGAAACGAUGAUUUAA